GUACCAAAAACCCUGUUCCAGAAGAAGUUCAAGAGAAGCGUGCCGAAGCUGAGAUGGAAAAGAACGGCAAGAACAAGAUGCACGAGCUCUACAUGGCUUGGGUGAGUUGCAAGGGUUCAUGGGAGAAGUGUGCUCUUGACUUGAGGGUCUCCAAGAAGAACGUUUCUGACCAUGAAGAUUUGUUUGAGUUCCUACUCAAGCCAGACCUUGUGAAAAAAUUGGGAGAACAAGCGCUAGCGGAUGAUCUUGUCACACGUCACAUUGAAGCAGAGAAGAAACUCCCUCCAAAGAGCAAAGGUCGGUUCAUCAAAGUGAAGCCUGACUUUCCACAGAGAGAAGACCUUUGGAGGUACAAGUGCUGGGUGGGUGCCAAGGAAAAGAAGAGACAACGACAUGAGUCCUCUGCUACCCUUUCUAGAACGGCAGAAGUGGAGGAAGACAGUUUCUAUGCGACCAUGGACGCUGCAUUGGAAGAAGGAUUUGAUGCGGCCCCUUGCAUUGCUCCAAAGUCAGCAAUGUCCAAGCCGAAGCCGAUGGCGAAGCAAAAGACCCCGAAGCAGCAGUUGGAAUCUGCUGUGAGUUCUGCGAGCAGAUUGGUGACCGACAGCCAGCUUUUGCAGGCCAAGCUCCAGGAGGCAUUGCCCGUGCAAUUGAGUCAAGCGUACAAAUCUGCGCUGUUGGCUGACCUGAACACAGCUUCCAAGAAGGUGCAAACCGCAAAGGACGUUGCCGUGAAUGCUUUGGCGAAACAGACUGACUUUGACCAGCCCCUGAAGGCAAAGGGGAAAGCAAAAGCCAGUCCAAAGGCUGCUUGAUAGUGUUUUAUUGAAAGGCGCUUGCACCAGACCAAUGCGCUAUUGAAUCAGAUUAUAUCUAUUUGCGUCCUUGCAACGUGCCCUGUACUGUUUCAGCCCUUUUGGUGAACGGGCCCCUCCAC